GGUUGUUUUCAGCGAUGAGAUUAUCAUCCGGUGCUCUGACCAGCAAGCUCAAUAUGUCCGGCGCUUACCUGGAGAACAGAUAGGGAAGACAGUAUUGUCCAGCGAGUCAAGCUUCCCACUCAGGUCAUGAUAUGGAGUUCUAUGAGCAUCUUCGGAACUGGUCGGCUGUACAUCUUUUAAGAUAUGCUUGCCUGGACGUAUGCUGGAGUCAAUUUCAGCAUUUCCGGCACCGGUGGUCCACAAUGUCUUCAAUUUUUGUCAGCGAAACAACGCAUCUUUGAAACUGUCGUGGCUGUUGGCACAUUCUCCUACUUGGCCUAUUGGUCCUGGCUACGAUUAGCCUCACCCCAUCCUAACCCUCAGAAUUCUUCCAUGAAAUUGAGGAAAACUUUUCUUCUCUUCCACUAUGUUAUUUUUGGAUUAGAAUUGUGUUACAAACUUGCAUCAGAGUCGCUAAUCUGGAUUCUGAAUCCUUGUCACAUUUUGACAAUCAUGCAGAUAUUUUUAUUGGCAUGUCGCCCAAGCAAACUUACUACCUCAAUCUUUCGACUGCACGUGCACAUGUUGAACGGCCCGCUUUUGGCAUUAGCUUUUCCUGUUCUCAAUACCAGACUGUUGCCUUUUGAAUGUGUUGUGUAUUUUAUACAGCACGCUCUGAUACUCCUCUUCCCAAUCAUACUAAUGGACCAAAACAGUGAUUUUUCAGUGGAACCAUUGGACGAUCCAUUUUGGACCGUACUUUCCUUGAGCCUACAAGUCCUGUACCAUUUUGUGGUUCUCCAGCCGAUCGCACUGUUGACGGGAGUGAAUUUGAACAGCAUUCUAUGUCCUGCGGUCAGCGAUCCGUUCAACGGUCCAUACUACCGUUUGCUUGCUUUACUGCAUCAACCAUUUGUGAUACUCGUUUUUGGGAAGUGCAUCACUUGCUUCAGCCUGACUUGGAACGCUCAACCAUGGCCAUGGCGUACACCUACGGGCUACUUGCCAAGUGACCAACCAGUUAUGGAUAUUCAACUUACUGAUCCGGAUGCUCUACUAUCUCCCUGGAUAUCUCCAGACGUGGAUCGCGACGAUGUACCACUAGCUUCCCCAUUCAAUUGGCAGACCGGUAUUCUCGGAAAAUCACCCCAACCAGCAUGUACCCUGUCGAAACGAGUGGUUGCUUCUUCAGAGAUGAUUGCGCCGCCUUCGGCGGAAUCGAUUUUAGAUGCCUCGUAAAAUGAUAUUCUUUAUUUUGUUCCCAACAGUUUCUCUCUCGCUGAGCUAUUUUCUACCAUCAUGCCUUCUUUUGACUUUUCUACAAUCAUUUGUUUUCAACGCUCCUUUGGCCGAAUGUACUUUGGACUUCUCUUGUUCCUCUGGUUUUUCUCCUGAGGCGAACUGGAUUCAGGUCUUGUUUUUAUUCCCUGUUGUGUUUCACACAACAUCAAACAUGUGCGCCGUAUUGUUUUACUUGAUACAGAUACAUUUUCUUUCUACUUCCUUAUCUUUUUCCAACGUUGUUAGUUCCGGCUUGUGCGUGGUGCAUUGUUGUUCAACGCAUUCAACACCACGCUGAGUAUACAUGUCUAUCCAUCUAUUCUUCAGCCCGCUCCCUGAUGGCUCCCGGU